ACGAGUUGCUACUAGGAAAGUGACGGGACUCGCGGUAGGAUUUCGGAGGGACUGGCAGAUGUCCGUGGACGGGUAUAUGUCCUUCCCUUGCCAUGAGCGGUCCAGUGCGCACUGAGCCGCUGCACGGCGAGACCCCUCUGCUGGCGUCCAGCGGUUCCUACUCGGUGGUGGUUCUGCUGCGCGGCUACGCGGAGCCGCAGGGAGUAGGCGACGCGGUGCGUGCAGAUGGCACGGUGACUCUCGUCUUGCCUCGGGGCUGGGUCUCGGAUACCAGCCGCCGAUUGGCCCCAUCUGCAGACGGCGGCGCAAAGACUGCCCUGGAGGAGGCAGUGCGUGGCCCCAUCCUCGUGGACACUGGGGGUCCCUGGACUCGGGAUGCACUGCUGGAAGCCCUGGCUACUCAGGGCGUGGCCCCCGGAGAUGUGACUCUGGUGGUGGGCACCCACGGGCACUCGGAUCAUAUUGGGAACCUAGGGCUGUUUCCCCAGGCGGCUCUGUUAGUUUCCCAUGACUUCUGCCUUCCCGGGGGUCUCUAUCUGCCCCAUGGGCUGUGUGAAACGCAGCCCUUAAUACUGGGCUCUGGACUGCAGGUGUGGGCCACGCCGGGCCACGGAGGACAGCGGGACGUGAGCGUCGUAGUGGAGGGCACCAGCCUGGGCACCGUGGUGGUGGUUGGCGAUGUGUUCGAGCGUCUUGGUGAUGAGGACUCCUGGCAGGACCUGAGUGAAGACCCAGUAGCUCAACAGCGGAGCCGGGAGAGGAUUCUGAGCGUGGCUGAUGUAGUGGUGCCUGGUCACGGAGCUCCCUUUCGAGUGGUCAGGGAAGCAGUGAAAAGUUCGGAGGAUUAGAUAUGUGAAGGCAAGGAGGUUGCUUGAUCAGUCAGGAAAGCCCUUCCAACGAGGAACUGGUGUGUCAGUCCAGGAGACACAGAGGACUCAGAUCAAGCAGUGUUUGUCAUGUGCAGCUUUCCAGGAGGCAGCUUCCAAACAGGUGACAUCAGUCACCUUUAUCAUUGUAACCUAAGAAGGACAAAGGACUGGCUCAGUUCUGCAUCCUUUGUGAGCCUCGGUAAAAUGCAGGGGAAAAGAAGUUAAAAUAUUUAUUUGGGAUGUGUCUGUGUGCCCGUCAGUUCUCUCCAUCCUGUGGGUCCCCAGGACCGAGUUCAGGUUGUCAGACUUGGCGGCAGGGAACUUUACCCGCUGAGCCUUCCUGACGUAUAUACCCUUGUUAAGACCUUCAAAAAUAAAAAUAGACUGGACGUCA